AUGCAUCCUCUCAGUGCUUUGUUACUGGUUAUCUGUACCGUUUUCCUGCUUCAAGGUUGUCCACCACAGCCAGGAUCGAGAGGACCGGAUGGAAAAGAUGGAGAUAAAGGACUGCCAGGACCUCAAGGACUGCCAGGACCUCAAGGAGUGGUAGGAAAUGCUGGAAACCGAGGACCUCCAGGACCAAAGGGUAUUCCUGGGCAUCGUGGAGUGCAAGGACCUCAAGGUGAAAAAGGAGAGAAAGGAAUGAAAGGGCCACCAGGAGGAGCGGGAGGAAGAUAG